AUGGAGAAAGAUGAAAUGGACAUCGAGAAUCCUUCCUAUACCCUAAAAGAGUCUUCAGAAACGCUCCUUCCUAUUCAGCUGUUUGAGUUUAAAGCACAAUUACUGGAAGCUGUGGAAGAACUACGUAUGGGGCGGAUUGCCAAAAUUCAAUACGAAGAACAAAUUAACAAGAUUUUGAUGGAGAAACAAGAACUAACAUGGAAAUAUGAAUCUUUAUCAAAGGAGGAAGAAAAUGUGGAGAAGAAGCACAGUGAUUCUCUGGUUAGGUUAAAGAAACAGGUAGUAAAUGAAUGA